GGCGCGAGCCAGAGGCCUUCGAGAACGUCGCCUCCCUCUACCGGUUUCCGCUAUAUAAACGCCGCGCCUCUCCCCAACCAACUAGCAGCAGACAUCAGUUGGUUCCCUCCCUCCUCCUGGACGCAUCCAUCUGAGAGAGAAACCGAGCGGUGGGAACAAACAAGCGACAUGGAGGACAGGCUGGGUGGCCGCCAGGAGCCGACUGUGGCCAGAGAGGACGCCGGCGCCGUGCCCUCCGAUGACGAGGAGUCCGACGGCGAGUUCGAGUUCCCCUUCGUGAGCCGGGAGACGGCGGCGGGGGGCGGCGCAGCGGCGGCGGACGAGCUCUUCGCGGGCGGACGCAUCCAGGCGUUCUACCCGGUGUUCGGCCGGGUCCUCGAAGACGCCGCGCCGGGGCCGAGAGCACCGCUGGGGCGGCUGUUCCAGCUGGAGGAGGCGCGGAACUCGUCCGUCGCGUCCACGUCCUCCUCGACCUCAUCGGCGUCGACGGACGCCACCGCGGGCCUCGACGGCGCGUCUCCAGACAGCUACUGCCUCUGGACGCCCGGGGCGUCGCCAGCGUCCUCCCCAUCGCGGCUGCCGCCGCGGAAGAGCGGGUCCACUGGGUCCAUCGCGCGGUGGCGCCGCAUUGGCGAGCUCGUCGUCGGCCGCAGCCACAGCGACGGCAAGGAGAAGUUCCUCUUCCUCUCCGCGCCGCCGUCGCCGGCUAGGGAGCACGCCUCCAGCUCCAAGCCGAAGCAGCCAAGAAGCGGCGGGAGCAACAAGCCCUCCGCCACCGAGCUCGACACGGUGGCCGCGGGGCGCCGGAUGUCCUACGGCGCCAAGGCCUCCCCCGGCGCGCGGCGCACGUUCCUGCCGUACCGGCAGGACCUCGUGGGGCUCUUCGCCAACGUGCACGGGCUCAGGCGGAGCCACAACCACCCGUUGUGAGCCACGACGCGUCGCACCGGCCCCGCUGUAGAGGACCCGUUCCAAUUCCCAUCGUGAGGUUUCAAGUUUGAAUUGGGAUUCGAAAUUUCAAACCUUUUGACUUGGAGCUUCCUGUACGCCUGCUUUGUGAUUAGUAAAGAGCAAUCGUACGGUAUUAAGCAAGUCAAAAGACAAGGUGUGAAGUCAGACAAAGCAGGGGACAUGUCAAGUGCGAACUGUCAAGUCGGUGGGAAGCAUUUGUGAUUUGUGAACUUGGUCAGCGAGUACAUACAGAAGUUGAGAAAAAAAAGUGUGUAUGUGGUGUUGUUUGUAUUUUCUGUUUUUUAAUAAUGGAAAGAUAGUUUUCAGCUUCUA